UCCAUAUAGUAGCUGUGCUGUAGCCUACAUUGUCAGUAUAUUUGUAGCGCUGUCUUCCAACGAACCGAUCGUGCAGAGCAAAAUGUAUCAAAUCAUAAAGUGCUUGGUAAGCCAUCUUCUGUUAUUCACAAUCUUCUCCGCCUUCGGGAUCAAAACAACAAUUGCCGAUCCAAAUAUUAUAAGCAAAUCACAAUGGAACGGCGUUGAGUCGAUUAAUGAGCUCAGUCAACAGGCAUUGCCUAUUGGACGCGUUAUUAUUCUACACACAGCUGGUGCAGGUUGUCAAGAUGUGGAUAGCUGCUCGCAACAAGUGCGCAAUAUUCAAAAAUAUCAUCUGGACCUACAUUUCGAUGACAUUGGAUACAACUUUUUGGUCGGCAACGAUGGGAAUGUGUAUGAGGGGCGCGGUUGGGAUCUAAUGGGAGCUGCCGUUAAAAACUACAAUAAUGGUAGCUUGAGCGUGGCAUUCAUUGGCACAUUUGAGAAUGAUCCACCUACAGACCAAGCUUUAGAGGCUGCUCAGUCUCUGUUGGAAAUGGGUGUACGCACGACCAAAUUGACAGAAGAUUACAAGGUGUUGGGGCACCGUCAGCUGGCGUCAACCCUCAGUCCGGGGGCCGUUUUAUAUAAGAUCAUUAAGCAGUGGCCUCAUUGGACCCGUAGAGCGCGAUAAAGCGUAACAUCAUUUAAUUACAAAAUUAAAGCGUUUGCAACACAGGCGAUUUGAACUAGACAUGCCUUCAAGUAUAAUAAAAACUACACACGCUUAAGUCGGUUUCAUGCCAGUUAUUGCCAACGUUUUAUUUUAAUUUUAUUUUCACAUUUCUAUUGGAAAAUUCAGUAAAUGUAAUUGCGUACAUCUUGGCAUUAAUUAAUUAUAACAAAAGAAAAGAAAAAAAUCUGCCGUUUCUAUUUAACGGUUCUCUUAAAUAAAAUUAUAUGUAUUUCAACAAA